CUCCCCACUCAGUGCUCUGACGCACCCGCACCAAUGGCCUCGCACACUCCCCACUCCUAUCCUCAAACUUACUCAGUUGGGAGUUCGCUUCCACCUCCGCGUUCUGUUUCUCUUCUUCCGAUUUCGGUUUCCUCUUCUUCCAUCUGCCGGCCCAUUUCCAAAGUCUCCAUUGUCAAUAGAAGCGGCCGGUGGCUGCCCAAGCAGCGCUACGUGCAGCCUAAGAAUGAGGUAUCGUCGUCGGAACCGAAUCUUAGGGCUGGGGUUGCCGUCUACAAGCCCAAGUCCUACGAAGUGCUUGUUGCUGACGCCUCCAGGUCCCUUGCCUACGGUUUGCAGGACGGCAAGCUCCGGCUUGAGAUUGAUUUCCCGCCGUUGCCAAGCAGUAUUUCUUCUUACAAGGGAUCUUCCGAUGAGUUUAUUGAUGCCAACAUUCAACUUGCUCUUGCUGCUAUCAGGAAACUUCAAGAGAUAAUGGAAAUCAAACCUUGUAUUGUAUUCCCCGACAAACCAGAAAAACGCCGUGCUACUCAGUUGUUCAGAGCAGCACUAGAUACGAUAAAUGGUUUAUCACUUAGUUCUUUGGAUGAUGUGCCAAGUGGUCCCUUGACAAGUUUCUUCAAGUCCAUAAGAAACACGCUUGACUUUGAUUUUGCAGACGAUAAUGAAGAUCAAUGGAAGUCGGAUGAGCAGCCCUCCUUGUUUGUGUUUAUCAACUGUAGCACUAGAGAUCUUUCUCUUAUUGAGAAGUAUGUGGAAAGAUAUGCCGCGUCCACCCCAAGUAUUCUUUUUAAUUUGGAACUAGAUACCUUACGUUCUGACUUAGGUUUGUUGGGAUUCCCAACUAAGGAAUUGCAUUACCGGUUUCUUUCUCAAUUUUUACCAGUGUUCUAUAUUCGAACCAGAGAAUAUUCUAAGACUGUACCAGUUGCGCCCUUUGUAGUGAAUUAUAAUGGAGCCUUAUUUCGUCAAUAUCCUGGACCUUGGCAGGUUAUGCUUAAACAAGCUGAUGGCUCCUAUGCCUGCAUUGCAGAAAGUGCUACUCGGUUUACGCUCGGGGAGACAAAAGAAGAGCUUUUGAUGGUCCUUGGUUUGAAAGAGGAGGAAGGAAGCUCAUUGGAAUUUCUUAGAAGGGGAUACAAGAAUGCUACUUGGUGGGAAGAGGAUGUGGAGUUGGAGCUCUCCUCUAACUGGCGGAGUUGAUUGACCGCGACGAUAAUUGGUAUGUUAGCAUUUAAUUGAAUUUUUAUUAUCUAUGCUCCAAUCUAGAAAUAAAUCUUGUUUUGUAGAAUGAAUAGACUAAGUUUUAACUUCAAUAGGUGCAUUGUGCUGAUGUUACAAUGUAAAGCAAAGUCGGCAAUCCAACGCAUUGUAUAUUUCACUUUU